UUUAUUGUUGCGCGGAACAGCGCGCGCGACGGGUGUGUGAUGCGUGUGUAGUCUGUUGCGAGCAUGGAGUCCGCCGUGGACUCAGCGUCGACCGCGAGCGAGGUGAGCGGCUCCUCCGGGGGCUCGCCGAGAGUGAAGGCCGCGUCCCCGGCGCGAGGGCUGAGCCCGCCGCAGCUGCUGGCGCCGCGGCUGCCGCUGCCGCCGCCCGGGCUCGGCCUGCUGGGCUCGCUGCAGAUGAUGCACCACUCGCCGCUCGAGCUGAUGGCGGCCGCGCACCACCACGGCCCGCCGCGCUACGGCAGCCCGCCGCCCAUCUCCACCUCCGACCCCUCGGCCAACGAGUGCAAGCUGGUGGACUACCGCGGCCAGAAGGUGGCGGCCUUCAUCAUCCAGGGCGACACGAUGCUGUGCCUGCCGCAGGCGUUCGAGCUGUUCCUGAAGCACCUGGUGGGCGGGCUGCACACAGUGUACACGAAGCUAAAAAGACUGGACAUAGUGCCGCUGGUGUGCAAUGUGGAACAGGUGCGCAUCCUGCGCGGGCUGGGCGCCAUCCAGCCGGGCGUCAACCGCUGCAAGCUGCUGUCGUGCAAGGACUUCGACGUGCUGUACCGCGACUGCACCACGGCAAGGUGCCUGUCAAUGAAAGCGCCAGACAGCUCCAGACCGGGCCGACCACCGAAGCGCGCGUCCGGAGUGGGCCUGUCUCUCGCAGCCACGCAGUUCCCUGGACACCCGUUCAAGAAGCACCGCCUUGAGAACGGGGAGUACUCGCCUUAUGAAAACGGACAUAUGAGUGAAAUGGCUCGUAUGGAGAAGUCCCCCCUCUUGGCUAACGGGUACAACGCUCCCCCGACGCACCUGGGCCCCAUGGGGUUCAUGCACCAGCACGCGCUCAUGUCCCCAGGCAUGCCUCACCACGGCGUGCCACGACCUGACGGCUCCAUCAUCAAAGGACAGCCUAUGCACAAUAUGGAAGCACUUGCAAGAUCUGGUAUUUGGGAGAAUUGUAGAGCGGCAUAUGAGGACAUCGUUAAACAUCUCGAAAGAUUGCGUGACGAACGAGGCGACAUGGAACGAGUUAUGGCGAUGGAUAAGGCUCGGGAGGGUUCACAUAACGGUUCUUCCCCAGGUCACAGUCCGGUGCUGAACCUCUCAAAAUCCGGGUCUGGUGGUGACCGAGACCGGUCAGAGCGGAGUGACCGUGACCGGAACGACCGGGGCGAGGGUUCCGCGAGCGGGCGAAGCUCGGCCGCGUCGCGCAGGAGUCCUCAGCCUCCUCGCCUGCCCUCCGCAGCCACUGCAGCAGCUAGUCCAAGGUCACACUCCGAUGAAAGCGACGCACAACUAUCAGACCAGGAGGAUCAUAAUGUCAAGGACGAAGACGACGCUUACUUUUGUUUAGGUGGUGACUUGAGCGACGGGGAGCGCGAGCUGCCCACGUCAGCGUCUCCUGCGCCGGUGAGCUACGCAGCGCAGACCAGCACGCCGCCCAACGUGCCGGUGGAUCCCACGGCAGACACCCUCGUCUCCUCCACAGAGACCCUGCUGAGGAACAUACAGGGCCUGCUCAAAGUGGCCGCGGAUAACGCCCGGCAACAAGAGAGGCAGAUCAGCUAUGAAAAAGCUGAAUUAAAAAUGGACGUUUUGAGGGAACGGGAAGUAAAAGACAACCUCGAACGGCAACUUCUCGACGAGCAGAAAAUGAGAGUGAUGUACCAAAAACGGCUAAAGAAGGAGAGAAAACAGCGGCAAAUGAUCCAGGAACAACUUGAAUUAGAACUCAAGAGACGACAAAAAGUUGAAGAGGCUCUUAAACAAUCUGGAGCGCCCUCUGAAAUACUCAGAAUUGUAACUGAGAACCUAACGCCGUCGUCGCAAGAGACGCCGCGCUCGGAGCGAGAGAACGGCUCGGAGCGGGAGAGCAAGCCCCCCAGCGCUGAGCCACCUUCAGCCUCGCCGCCCUUCCAGCGGGAACCUCCUCGCACGCCCGACAAGCCGCAGUGGAACUACCCGCCGCCGCCUGUCGACAUCAUGAGCGGUGGUGCUGCUUUCUGGCAGAAUUACUCUGAAACUCUGGCGCAAGAGUUGGAGAUGGAGCGCAAAUCCCGCCAGCAGGCCAUGGAGCGUGACGUGAAGAGCCCCCUGUCAGACCGCGCCGGCUACUACAAGAACUCAGUGCUGUUUAGUUCAGCCACUUAGCUGACAAAUUCCGGGGCUAACGACUACCCCGACAAUCAAGAAUACGACAAAGAAAUCGACGAAUCGAGAAAACCAAUGAUCAGCGUCAAACCCGAGUUUAGGGAAAAAUAAAUCCAAAGAUUCGAGAUUGGUGAAUGAACUUAUCAGUGGUCUCAACGUUCCGAUCGAUGACACAAUUCUCAACAGGAACACAAAGAAAAAUACUUCCAAAAAUAUCUUAGAAACCCAAAAACUGUUCAUCUGAUUGUUUAUUCAAGUAAUGUUUUGGCAUAAACGAUCUCAAUGAAGUUGUCACUGCUUCUCGUUAUUGAGAUUAAUUGUAAAUAUUGUUAUUGAAAUCGAAGUAAGAUGUAGAUUUCGUGGUGUUUAUACGAAGUCUCAUAAACUCUUCUUCCAUAGAAAAAUUUGUAAAUAUCCCUUUAUAAUUAUUAUUAGAGUAAGUCAGUACGGUUUUAUCGACGAUCCGAGUAAUUUAUUCGUCAAUAUUUUAAUCUUUUAUGAAGAGUACCUUUAACUUAUCGUUAAAUGCCAUAUUUAUAUAUUAAGUAUCCAUUGUUAUUUGCCUUUGUAAAUCUGAAUUUAUUUUCAAAUCAAUCUGUACCUACAUACAUAUCAUAAGCUGUUCGAAUGUUCAUUGAUCGAUUGAAACAAUUGUUGGAAUUGAUCUAAGACUGCUUUUCCAGAGUUUUCUAAAAUGUUGUCACUAGUCUCGCAAUUUCUGUAAACGAUAGGUGUUUAAGUUCCUAUGAUGUUUGUUUAAAAGACCGUUACGAUAUCUUCAAACAAAGUUUAAAUAGUAGGUACACAUUUGUUUAAUCCAUGAUAUUUUACUUUCAAUAGUAAAUAAUUGUGAUCUUCACUCUCGUGUAAUUUAUUCAAUUUUAGUGCAAUGAUUAGAUUUAACUGAUACUAGUGUAUUUCAUAAACCAUAAAAGUGUACGAUAAGAUAGUGGUUUUAAAAGGAUACAUUUUUACAUUUCAAUAUUAUUGACUGAAAACAGAAGAGACAGUUUUUUGCGUACAAUAUAAACUAAGUGUUUUCUUUAAAACUUCAUAAACUAGAAGAUGUAUAAAUAAUUAUAAUCGCUAUAUCUCAUAUCCAUAACGCAGAGUCGAUGUAUAUGGGUAGUUAACCUAACAAUAAGUUCGGUAGUUUAACAUUAUACAUAAAGUAUAAAAUGAUAGUGUUAUUUAUAUUGAUGCUUAGUUUACGAGACUUUGGAUGUCUUAAUAGCUUAAAGUAAGGUUUUAGAGAUUGUAUCGGGCGUAAUAUUGGCGCUUGGCUAUUGGGCAACUAGCACUAGUUGGGACACCAAAUGUUAUUUAGUGAAACGAACUACGGCUGUUGAAAUAUUCCAAUCGCCUCGAAAUUGUCGAAAAUAACGUAAAACGGAAUAUUGGUGAAUAGUCAAACGCCGAUGCAAACGAUCGCUUAAUACAAGUAAUUACAUAUUAUCUGUAAAGGAUAAUGAGACGUAAUGAAUAAAACUUAGUUGUUACUAUAAAUGUUUAGCUGAACAUGUGUGAUUGUGUAAAGGGCGUGAAUGUGGUACUUUUGUAUCAGUUAUUUUCAUUUGAUUACAAUAGAAUGACAGUACUGAUGUGGAAGCUAGUAUUUGUGAACGCACCCGCCUCGGGUCUGACCCAGUAUUGUCGUUAGAAAUAGUUUUUUCUUUGUCAAUUAGAUGUUGAGGCUUCUCAAUGUACCUAUUUUGUAUUUUGGUAAUAGUAUGCAGUUCUGAAAGCAAGUGUAACUAUUUAUUAUUUCUAUUUUAAUUAUGAUUAAUUUACUUAAAAUUGUGUGUGUGCCUUGUAUCGUAGAUGAAAAUAUCAAGAUUAAAAGGGAAAAUUAUCA